AUGGUGACUGUUUUGUAACGGGCGUGGGCUGUGAUUUGACUCAUCAUUGACAUUCAGCUGAGGAGAAACGAAACCGAUCUGACGGCAGCAUGAGAGAAACCGAACGCGAGAAAUCAGCCGGGAAUCACCUGAAGCGCUCCCUGAUCGAGCUGAUCAUGUGUUUUUUGAGGCCGAUCGCGCGAGUGUUUCCGUGGCUCUUCCGGUGGAUCUCGAGCGGUAACGUUACCGGUGACGUUAACGUCAUGAUACGCGACGAUGACGAAGAGACGCCCGUGUUCUUUGAUCUGGAGACCACUGGACUCGACACGUCUGCGUGUGAUAUCGUGCAGCUGUCGGCCGUCAGCGGGCACCGGGUGUUUAACGUGUAUCUGCAGCCGCGCUGCUCCAUCACAGACGGGGCGUCCCGAGUCACAGGGCUGACUGUAGAGGGCUCCCGUCUGCUCCUCAGACGCCGUCCCGUGCCCACCGUCCCUCACAGACGGGCUCUGAGCGACUUCAUCUGCUUCCUCAAGACCUUCCCCAAGCCCUUUCUGGUGGGACACAACAGCAGGCGCUUCGACUGGCCCAUCGUGACCCGCGUCCUGGCCCAGUUUGACCUGCUGGAGGACUUCCAGAGCGUGGUGUCCGGAUGCGUGGACACACUGACGCUCAGCAGAGAGAUGUUCCAGCUGCCCAGAUACACGCAGCAGUUCCUGGUCCAGCACUUUCUGCAGGAGUCUUACGGGGCUCACGACGCGGCUGAAGACGUGCGGACGCUGCAGGAGCUCUACAGAGUCUGGAGACCCAGCCCGGAGCUCGUGAGGAAGCACAAGACCGGCCUGUGAUGUGUGUGUGUGUGUGUGUGUGAUCAACGGUUAUCAAGCUGCACUCGAAUCAAGCUCUCAGAAAGAGUUUACACGUACAGUCAGAACAAAAACCAUUCAGACACCAGAUAUACGUUUGGAUAUUAUUACU